CUUUGAACGAUCUUGAACCGGGCUAUCCAAAUAUUCACAACUACCCUCUGGCUUCAAUUGUCAGACUAUCAUAAUCUUACGUUUUCUCAUUUCUGAAUGUUGUCUACCACUUUCAUCAAUAAACUUAAGUGCGUUUAAUGUGAUUUUUGAGUCCUUGAUUCACUUUUCUUUCCAGAUAAUCUCCACGCUCCUUCAACACGCAAGGUACCUUCAGGUUAGAAUCAAACCCACCGAAGAAGGAACGUUACUGCUUGUGUAGACCCAUCUAGUUAAAAAUGGAUUUCCAACACCGUGUAGGAGGGAAGACCGGUUCUGGUGGUGUAGCAUCGGAAGCUGAAGCUAAUCGCGACCGUAGGGAACGUUUGCGACAACUGGCACUUGACACGAUUGAUCUGAACAAAGACCCGUAUUUUAUGAAAAAUCACUUGGGGACAUACGAAUGUAAACUGUGCCUUACUUUGCACAAUAAUGAAGGGAGCUACCUUGCACACACUCAAGGUAUUUUUAUUCUCUACUUUAUCCCAUCCUGAUUUUAUAUCAGGUUCAUAUGAGUUUUGUUGUUCACGUACUAUACAGAAUACCGGUUUUUUUAUUGACCUUACUCUAUAUGAGUGAUCGUAUGUUCUCCGUGUUUCGCUCUCAAACCUCGUUCUCGUGAGUGGUUUAAAUUGGCUUGUUGCAAGACGUCGAACGAAACUUGCAAUUACUGAAUCCUCGGUUUUCUUCACGAAACUCAAUAAAAUUUCUAGGUAGGAUGCUCUAGUCCUAGCUUGUGUACGAUUAACAACAAGGUUGUGUAAAUUUUGUCAAUCACGAACUUAGUACACAGAUCUGUAGACGGUAUUUCGCUAACAUUGGGACUAUAUCUAAGAUGUUCUGACGAACGGCUAGGUUAACUGCACGUAUUUGAGUCAAAUGGCAUGUUUUGUGUGAAAAUCAUAUAUCACAGACUAGUCACAGUUCAUGCUUUCCCACUUCCUCACUAUAGAGAACAUACCUAGAGAUUGAUAUUUUGCUGUUCUCUAGAUGUAUACAUUUUCCGAAGUACUGUAAAAAUAUUUAAUACCACUGACCAGUUUGUUAAUUUAACCACCGUUUCCAUCCGCCUUUUAUCGGUAAUACAUCUAGGUAUCUAAUGGUUGGUCAUGUGUAACAUUUACUAAUUCUAUGUAGGAAAUAUUCGUCGUACCAUAGUUACCACGUUCUUUAGAUCGGUAUAGAGCAGCUUACUGUUUUUACAGCGUAAUUCACGGUCGAAUAUUUUUGUAUAUAUUGCUAAAACUGCUUCAUUAUCGCCCUUUAACUACAAGUGUAAGAUCAAACCUACCUUGAUCUAACAGUCUUGUACUCUGUGUAGUCCAACCAGUUUCUGAGUGCUUAUAUUAUUUCUAAUUUAAUUCUCGAAUCCUGCUUUGCCUUCGCAUUAAAUUGAAAUUUGCUACUAUCUCCAUCAGCCGUCGUUGGUGAUGCUCAAUAAGAGAUUGUUGCUCAUUCGGAAGCACAUAUUUAAACUCGGAUCAUGCCCUAGUUCGAGCACUCGUUUGUUUACGUCUUACUGGAAAAAUACCCAUUAGAGCCCAACUUAGUGAUGAAGACAUUUAGGAAUAUAUUUCAGGAACUACUAGAUAAGCAGCUAGUCAACCAUGAAAGUAAUACACAACCCGAGUUUGCUUGGGGUGGGAUCCAAAAAGCUAUGGAAACAGCAGCGAUAUCUUCUAGUAACAAACCAAAAUAUUAGGAAAAAUCAGUGAAUUUUAGUGGUGUCUACAUAACUAAUAUAUGCUCGGAAACUCAUCCCAUCUGGCUCUUAACAUGAAGAGGAGCGAAGACAGCUCAAAAGUAGGCUGAAUAAAGGCCUAUAUAGUGAUUGUGAUCAGUGGUAAGUAUCUAAAGCAGGAGACGGAAAGUGCAGUAGCGAUAGGUAACAGUAGACAACCGUUCAGACUUAUCAGGGAAGCGGGUAUUUAAAACACGACUGUUAGUGAAACUAUCACAGAAAAAGACGGCCAUUAUUCACUCUCAAUCCAGGAAAUUGGACCUAUAGGCAGAAAACUAUAGGGAACCUUCAGCCACUUUAGUUACCCACUAUCUCCAAGCAACCUGAGUAGCAAAUUUAUGUAAGUCUCUCAACUUUUAGUAAGGUUGGAAAGGCUAUAGGUAAUCUAAUGGUCUGAACCAUGUUAGUAGAUGCAAACUACUCUGUUAGGGUCCGUGUGACGAUCGUAACCAAUGAUUAGAGACUGGAUGACAUGGCCCAGAACCGAUCACCAUGGUGUAGGUGUAUACACUUUCUGUCUUCCCUUAAAUUAUGGGAUUAAAAUCGCUUCAUAUCUUUCUUCCUGUACUAUGUCCUUAUAUUCAAUCUUUCUCUUAUACAUUACCGCCACUGAAUUAACUACUUCUAUGAAUCCGGUGUUCAUCUUGUUGUGCUAAUGAGGUAUGGCAACUUGUACCGGUGCACAUAUGUGCCUGGUCCUACGUUGUACUUGACUGACUGACAAAUAAUCUAAAACAAGGGACAAAAGCAGGGCCCGAUUGGCUAACCCUUGAAAUGUUUGAGGGUGAUGGUUCAGUUUUAGCAGUUAGAUUAAGUGAAAUAUUAGCUAAAAUCUAGAAAAUGGGCGUAACUCAUCAGACUAUUGUCGAUUACUGAUCGUCUGAGUUCACAUGAAAGGACUAAAAUCCUUUUGUAACAGUCACAGAGGGAUUAGCUUAACUAAUACAGGGACUAAAAUAUUAGCCUCAUUAAUAACUCGAUGUCUAAGUAGGGCUUUUGAAGAGCAGACCUGAAAAAUCCAGGCUGGUUUCAGACCUGGGUGUGAAUGUAUAGACCAAAAUUUCACCCUUCGGUCGAUCCUGGCACAUCAAAAUCCUACUAUAAUUGUGUUCCUUGGCCUUGAGACAGCGUUCGACUCUGUUGAUCGUGAGGUUCAAUGUCGGUUUCUAUCGCUAAAAGGCGUCCCAAAGAAGUACAUCAACCUUGUACAGGCUUUCUACCCAAACACUUUUGACGAACUGUCAUCGGAAUUAGUUACUUCAGAUAGCGUUCGUCAAGGUUGUCUACUUUCUCCAUUUCCUUUUAACUUUGUCAUUGACAUACUUUUAGAGAUAACACUCACCAUCUAACUUCUCGGGGGCUGAUCUACCAGGAGAUUCACUGGAUGAAUUAGAAUACGUAGAUGAUAUAGUUCUGUUUAGUGAAGACUGACAAAAUGCAGUUUUCUGACCAUCUUAAGCAACAACGCAGGCAUGUUUGGAAUCAGGUUCUAUCCCUCUGAAUGUAAAAUAUUACUUCAGGAUUGGCUGGCGUCAGUGCCUAAAUCAAGGGUAGGGAAUGGAUCAGUUAAAAAAUCGAUCACUUCACUUAUCUUGGGAGUCUCAUCAGGCGGCUCGACUAGUUUUUGCUAACUUGCGUCACUUGUGGUGUAGGUGAGAUCUCCAUCUUCCAACCAGUGGACAAGUUUACUGGGCAGCAGUUCUCCCCGUUCAACUUUAUGGGUGCGAAACAUGACCAUUAAGAAUAGAAAAUAUUCUUAGGUUACUGGCAUUCGAUCGUAGGUGUCUACAAAACAUUGCUCAUGUAUUUUAGGGCCGCGGAAUAAGCAAUACCUGGGUUAGGAGUGGAAUGUCAGGUAACGAUGGUAAAUCAACUAAUGAGGUAGUAAAUAUUCAUCAGAUGAGGUGGUCGAAACAUGUGUUAUGUAUGCCUAACCACUGCCUACCUCGACGGGUACUGUUUUCUGGUACGGAGUGAGUAGGAUGAAAGAAAGCUGGGGGCGGCCAACCUAAAACAUAGCAUCAGUUCUUGAAGUCAUUAAGAAUUGAUCUUAGCCAUGUUAAUAGUUACAAACUACCUGGUUCGGGUCCGCGUGAUCAUCAUAAUCAAUGGUUAAAGACUGAAUAGCAUGGCUCAAAAUCGUUGGCAAUAGCACAGUUUUAUCUAUUCUUUAUAUUCCCUCAAAUCAUGAGGUUCUAAAUUCCCCAUAACUUUUUUGUUUUUAUUUCACUAAUUUAUAUUUUCUUGAGUCGUAUCUUCGAUGCGUAGUCUUUCCUAUCACCACUGAAACUUACAACCUCUACUCUUCUGGGGCUUGGCUUGACAAUUUCAUUUCUCUGUGCGAAUGGAGUAUGACAGCUUGAACUUGGUGUACAUACGUACAAAGUUCUACGUUAUAAUUGACUGAUUGUUGCUAUCUAACUUGUUUCUUUAAUUAUAUGAUGUUUUCUUUAGGGAAAAAGCAUCAGUAUAAUUUGCAAAGACGAGCUGUUGAGCAGGCCCGUGAGGCUCCAUCUACAAUGCAACCAGAGCGCGUUAAAGUAGAGCCGAAGAAAUUCAUUAAAAUUGGUCGUCCUGGAUAUAAAGUAAGUUUCUGUGUAUAUAAAAACGUGACAUAUAUAUAUAUAUCCGUCUGGUUGUAAAACCAAUAUUUAUGAUUUUAUGGCGGAUUAAUAUUUCCGUGAUCUUUUCUUUUCGUAUCUCUUACGUAACUUGACGGAAAUAUAUGGUUUCAUAGGUUCUAAAUGGUGCUGUUUGUAGUUGAAUAAAUAGUGGUUGAAAACUUAAAGGAUCUUCGUAGUAAUUGUUGUUUCUCCUAACCGAUUAGCAUCCCAGUUAACCGAAAUAUGCUCCAGUCAUUCUUACUUUAGAAUUCGAAAUAUGUUUUGUUUUAAAAUAAUCCUAUUUAAACUCGUGGUUAGUUAUGUUUGGAUUAAAACUUACAAUUUCCAACUACGUUACCUUGUUUUUUCUUCUCAGGUAACCAAACAAAAGGAUCCGGAUGCUAAUCAACAGUCUAUGCUUUUCCAAAUUGAUUAUCCAGAAAUAGCUGAUGCUUCUGGUGUAAUACCUCGACAUCGGUUUAUGUCUGCUUAUGAACAACAUGUUGAACCACCAGAUAAACGAUGGCAAUACUUAUUGUUCGCUGCUGAACCAUAUGAAACAAUUGCUUUUAAAAUUCCUAGUCGUGAAGUAGAUAAAGACCCCAAGAAGCUGUGGACUUAUUGGAAUUCCAGCUCUAAACAAUUCUUCCUACAGGUUAGUUUGAAGUUGUUAAACAAAGUGGGUAGCGUAAUAAAAGUUUCGUUGACUGUUGGUAUUCACUCCCAAAAUACUUUGUUUUAAUCUUGUAUGAGUAGUUACAACGAUGAGCAAGACCAUUUUACGGCAAUGCUAGCUUUCUAAAGAGGAGAUUUAUGAUACAAUUCUGAUGUUUAAACCUUGAUAAUUAGUUAAAAGGAGGUUCAGACCAGUAGCUCAUUGACUGAAAAUUGAUUGCCUCGAAUACUACAAAGCCACUUUAGAUUAUACUUCUCAUAAACAGUUAAUCAAGAAUCAGGUUAUUUUAUUAGUUUCCAUAAUAGAUUUUUUUAUAGUGAUGGGUGUAGGGCCCAAAUUAAUCCCCAUCAUAAAAUUACGGUUCGUGUGAUGCACAAUACUCUCAACUUAACCAUAUUCUUAUAAGCAUCGUGCAGAUUAUUUUACCUCUAUCAACAAUUUUGUUUCAUGUUAAUUAUGUUUUGGGUAAUGACCGGCAGUGGAAUCCAGAACACACGUUUCGUCUUUAUAUUCAUUGGAUGGAUGUACCUAAAUUCCAACGGAUUCGACUAAUUUCGAGUCGUCUGCUUAAGGUAUGCGUAUUACAACAGAUGCUGAUUAAUUUCAGUCCCGAAUUUCAGCAACGAUGUAAAUAAAUAAAUAAUGACCUGAAUUCAUGUUAAUAUCUCCAAGAUCUUAUGGGAAUGCAUAGUUUUGAUGUCAGAAAGUUAAAAAUGAAUAUGUGGGGGGAAAUCUUCACUAUUAAAAUACUGAUUUGUUUUUAGCUCGGCUGAUAUAGAAUUAAAAAUGAUUGAUUUCAUAGUUGCACUACAGUAAAAGAUUAUAUCUAUUUUUAACUACGGACUCACUUUUCGAGAUUGAUUCGCAAGUGAUAUCAGCGUAAUAAAUAAGAAUCACGUAAAUAAUCCGUUAGACCACGUUUGUGAGCUGGUCUUAAUUUUCUUAAUAGAAUAAAACGUUAAAAUAGAUGGGUUUUUCGAAUUUUCGUAACAUUUUAUCACUGAAAUGUAUAUACUUGGUUGAUACCUACAUUCGCCUUACUCAUCAUCCGAAACCUUGCGGUACAUCUUUAUGUAAAUGUUUUUCUAUACCUUAUAUUUUUACGUUUGUGGCAAUUAUUCGUUCACAAAACACCGUGCUCUAAUAGUUUUCAGCGAACUGAACUGUAGGGUUCAAAACCAAUUCCGAAUAUUGAGAUGUUUUGCCACGAUUUUGAACAACUAAAUUAUUGUUAUAUUCUGUGAUAUUUUGCAUUCAACAUGACCAGCUGCUAAUUUUGAUGUUACCACUUUCCAACGGCAGUCUUCACUGUUAUAAUCGGUAAAAGCUAGGUUUUUAUACUACACACGGAAUGCUGAACGUUUUCGCACAAAUAAAUUAACUCAUCCAACAAACACCCAAACUGCAUUGUGAUUUAUCACAGAUAUUUAUUUCUAGUGUGAUUUUCAAUAUUGUUAGUGUUUUCACUUUUCCAAACACAUCUCACUUAUUGUGCAACUUUAUUUUCCUAAUGUAGUUCGCUUUCAAACUAGAAAGUCAAUCAUCUUCUACCGCUAUGCUUCGUGAUUUAGAAAUGCAAAAAGCUAAAGCUCAACAUGCCCAACUUCAGCUUCAAUUACCUCCACCGCCACCACCUCCGCCUCCACCACAUGCUAUUGGUCUUCCUAUUCCAAGUUUCCUUCUUAAUAUGCCUUUAAAUACCAGCAUGACUAACAUGCCGCCGCCCCCGCCUCCGCCACCAAUUAUGGUUGGAGCAAAAGAUACAAAACCCUUACUACCUCCUCCUCCUCCACCACCACCUUCAUUCUCACUAGGUGCUCCGCCGCCCCCUCCACCGCUGCCCGCUUUUGGAGUAAAUUCUAGUGGUGUAGGGACAAAUGCUUCUUCAGCACCAAUCCCACCACCGCCGCCACCAACACCCCCAGCUUCCCUUCAACUGAAUGGGAACUAAGCAGUUGAUUGUUGUACUCUGUUAAUAUUUAUAUACACGCAUGAGUUAUUUACCUAUUUGUUCUAAUUUGCUUAUACUCGUCAGUUUCCGUUGACGGGUGUUGUGAUCAUAGAAAAAAUGAUGUGGAUAUAAUCAAAUAGGUGUAAAAUCCACAAAUCUGCCAACAUUAUGGAUGAAUGUCUCAUGUAUAAUCUUGUUGCUAAGGUCGUACAUAUUUUUACACGAAAAUGACGUGAUAUUCGGUUGGGGAUAGUAUUUAAUCCAUGUCUUGAAAAUUUUGAUUGACCAGAACCGAGAUCGUUUGUAGCAGCACUGGAAAGUAAAUUCGGAUUCCCACUGAAGAAUUAGUCACCAUUGAUCGGUGCAGGGGUCCUCGAAAACUGUUCUCUCGUUAGUCAUUGCUGCACCACAGAUUUCAUGAUCAUACUGGAUUUUCGUCGUCUUAGUAAGUACAGGAUUCCAUGAAAGACGGUUCCAGUCGCAUGAUAUCGACCUAACAUUUCAGUUAAUGGGAUACAAAAAUUUUUGAAUAUGGUGGCACUUGAUCGUUGUAGAAAUUACUUGCGAAUGUUUUCAUCUAAAUUUCUGGCAUAAAAGCUUUAAGUACAUGUCUAAAUAAAACAAACAUGCGUAAUUUUGGUGAGACAUAUAUUUUGAGUGGUUACACCUAGUUGUACUAAACCCUCAUGAUUCAAGUGCAAUAUAUAUCUCACAAUUCAGCUCCUCGUCAUUUUCCAGUGGCACCAAUAGAUUCAGUCCUCAAGAAUUGGCACGUCUGUGUCAUCUCUUUGUAUGAUAUAAAACGUUGACGUGGAACCUAACAUAGAAGCAUUCCAUUCUUAGUUUUCCUUUUUAUAAACAGUGGAAAUGUAUAAGUCACAUAGUCAUAGACAUCUUAGAUCCUGGGAUAAGUGCACAUCGAAGUGGAGCUACGCUUCAAACCAGAAUAGCAACAGAAGAUCCAAUAGAUGAAAAUCGAUAGUCGGAAUAGUAGUAGUAACGAUAGGAAAACGGAAACGUAAAACAAAAGAAUAUGUAAUGAGAUAGAACGUAGCUGGUUUACACUGAUUACUUCUAGCGGGACAGGGUCGAAGUGUAAACAAAUACCCGAGGGAAUUACACACUUUUUAGCCACUUGGAACUCUACCUACUCCCCCCUCCAAAAAAUACUAAAAUGGCUCCUCAGAUAAUCAUUGAAACAUGUAAUUAGAUACCCUGAACGCUGACUGGGACAAAACUAAUCCAAAUCAUUUUGCAACUGGUACCAAAGCAAGACUUUAUCUAAUUCUUUUGGGACAUAUUUGCAAAACUACUAACACAUAAAGUUACCGAUGGAGCGUCGCUGUAUUGACCAAAUUAUGUUGUCCCCAUGUAAGUGUUCUAAUUGGAUAAAAAGGCGAGACCACGUUACCGAUUUUGUGAUGUUUGUUCGAUAUUCAAUUCCUCCGUUUAAUAUUUUCUUAUUUUUAGCGUUAGUUUGUUCAUUGUAACAUUGGUUACAUUUUACUAUGAUUUGUAUUAAUUCGGUAUAAACUUAGUUCACUAUGAAAUACAGCAUGCAUUUUCGUAGUAACUCUGUAUCCCCUCUACAUGUGGUUGAUGUGAACAGAAACAAAGAAUCCAUAACAAACAACGGCAGUUAUUUUUGGGACGUUAUUUUGCUUGAUUCAAAGUUCUUAAAAUCCUAACAUUUGGUUUUAUCCCUAGGUCAUUCUAUCGACCAUAAUCUUUCGCUUGAUGUGUGAUUGACUGCCACACGCUUUUCUUUGCCAAAAGCCUUGUUGUUUAAACGUAACCUUUUGUACUCUAUUUUUUCUGUUCUAAUGCCCAGUUUGGACAUAAUUGUAUUUUUCCAAUUGUUUGUACGUUGUGGUCGGUUUAGUCGUCUCUACCCAUGUAUCUUUGCCCACUAAUCUUAAUCAAGAACAAAUCGGGUGAUGUUCCAGUCUUCGUCUUUCUUCCCAAGGUCAUUAGUCGCGAUUCGGACUCAUGCGUUUCUAGCCUCAUGGUUAAACCAGUUAGCUCGCCGUGUCAGAACCUCAACCUAGAGUGAGACAAGUUCUCUCCUGUAUAUUAUUGGGUAGACAGAUCAACGGUGUGCCUCAACGCAGUCAACAUCGGUGUCAAAACAAUACAACCGUCAACGCCGAACUAAACAUGUACGCGCUGAAUAAUACCUUGAGACGAAUACCAAGGUUACAGUACCUCGGCGUCUUCACCAAGUUAUCCGAUCAGGUGAAAAUCGAUUGUCGAGAAAGAGUGAUGAGAUAUUGACACCACCAGACAGUAAAUUCCAGAAACCAUGGUACAGUGUCGGGGCGUCCCGACCCCGAUGUUUCUAGCGCGCUUUGUCAAUAGCAUUAUGUUAAAGGAAAUGAAACAUUGUUGACAAUCCCAUACUGUCAAAAACCUAUACCACUUGUUCCACAACUGUUUGUUUACCGUUAAUUUUGUCAGUUGAAUUAUUUAAGUGUUAUUUGAAUAGUAACAAUUU